GUAGCAGGAAAGUAUUUAACUGUUACAACUUCAUUACUCUCAGCCUCUGAAAGCUAUAAGGAAAUGCCUUAAACCAUUUUCAGCUUAAAUAUGACACAAGUAAGUUAAGUAUGAUAAGCAUAUGUUUCCAUAUCUGAAAGAGAUUGAUUAAUUUUGGAAAAAAUGCAUUCUAUUAGACCUGCAGUUUGAAGGUAUGCACAGGAAACAUGCAUACCAAUAUAUCAAAAGUAUAUUUUUCCUGUUAUUAUCAUCAACAGAUUUUACGUGUUAAUUUUACCAGGGUUUUUAUGGCUGUCACAGUAAGGGGAAUUAGUUAAUCCUUAAAAACAUGCACCAAGCAAAAUGACUGCUGCUCUUUCACUGCUUCUGUUAAGAGGCUACUUACAGGUGCCCUUUGCAAGAGACUACUAGUACAAGUAUGUAAAUAUAGCAAGGCAUUUAAAUAAGUAGGUCAAUAACACUCUUUGCACCGAGGUCAAGCAGAACACAGGGUAGUACAUGUGUAUCCAGUCUAGUGUGUAUGAAUAUAUGAGAAACUUGGUAGCUGUUAAAGGAGAGAAUUAGUAGAAGGUUUUAGCUCUUACCCAGCCCAAUGUUUUCCACAAGCUGCAGAGGAUGGGGCUGUAUAUACAGACUUGUCUUAAAAAUGGGGAACAGGUCCAUGAGCACCCAGUACGAGACACAAUUUACCUCGCCGUCAACACAUCUGGAACUUCUACAGUAUGUGCGGGCAACUUUGAAUGGAUACCCGUCCCUCUUGAAGAGAGAGUUUGUGGAUGUCAGCAAGAAGACACAAAAUACUUCAGACAGGGGUCAAGUGGGGAUUGAUCAAAAAUCUACCUCACCAUUUAAAGUCCGGAUUUUUCAGUGGAAUUUACUUGCUCAGGCCCUUUGCCUGGGUGCAGAUAAUUUCAUCAAAUGUCCCAAAGAGGCUCUAGAGUGGAAACCCAGGCGUUUACACAUCCUUGAGGAACUCUUACUCUAUGAACCAGACGUUAUCUGCCUGGAGGAAGUUGACCAAUACGAGUUUAUUCAAUCAGCAUUAGAAAGCAUUGGCUACAAGGGAACAUUCUACCCUAAGCCCGAUUCCCCUUGUCUCUACUGUGAUGAGUCCUAUGGACCAGACGGUUGCGCCAUCUUUCAUAAUACCAAGAAACUAAAGUCGAUCAGUAUACACAAUGUCAAUUUGAAAAAGGAAAAUGCGUCAACCAACCAGGUGGCAAUAAUUCAGAAACUGCAAUACUGCAACCAUGAUGAUGCGUCUUCUUCUGGUCAGGAAUUUUAUGUGGGGGUCACACAUUUGAAAGCCAGGGAAGGUUGGGGAGAGUUCCGUAAUCUCCAGGGUAUCUACCUACUGAAAAAAAUAAAAGAGAUAGCUGGCAGUUCGCCACUUAUAUUUAUGGGAGAUUUCAAUGGAGAUCCUAACGAACCAGUCUAUUCUACAUUUAAAAACAGUGACUUGAAUUUUGGGAGUGCAUAUACUAAACUUACAGAGGAUGGAACCGAGCCCCCAUACACAACGUGGAAGAUACGAGGUGGGAGAUUAGCAACAGGGAGCAUUCGUGAGAGCUGUAAAACCCUAGACUACAUGUGGUACACCAAGUCCAGUGUUACAGUAGACAGAGUGUUAAAAUUCCCCACAGGAGAAGAAAUGGGGGUGAACAAACUGCCAUCUUUCAACUAUCCGUCAGAUCAUUUGUCUCUAGUGUGUGAUUUUAGUAUAGGUUAAUAGAUUUUCUAGAUGAUGAUGUUUGUAGAAUUUUAAUGAAGUAUGCUUUAUUUAAAUUAUGUAGCAUUUUAUUGUAUUAAUGUGAUUUUAUAGAAUUAUUUUAUUUCUGUGUUGGCACUAUUUUGAUUAUCUUAAUUUUGUUAAGAUAUUAUGGUUUUUUUAUUUUCAUGAAAGUAUGUAAUCUGUAAGAAAACCAAUUUGAAAGUAUACUUUUAACCUAGAUAGCAUUUAGGUUAUUUACUAGAAUUGACCAUGUGAUUUAGAAUGGUCCCUUACUUUAAAGCUCCACACAGAACAGUACUUACAUGUAUUUCUUCUAACUAGUCUUAACUGUAAUCUAGGACUUGAUUUGGUAACUUUUGAGUCUGUACAGGUGCUCACGAUUAUUUUUACUCAGGCCUGGUUACGAGAGGGUGCACUUGUCUGUUACUUUUGUUUUAUUUUGAAAACCUGGAUGUAGCUUUAUCACAUUUGUAAUGGUUAGUUGAAGUUUAAGUUGUAAGUUGAAUUUACACAAACAAAUAAAGGCACUCAAUUCUUCAGAAAUGCGAUAGAGUCAAAAAUGGGUCUUAUUAUUGAGCUCUAUAUUGUGUGAGUGCAUUUCUAUAAAUUCAGUAAAAGUCAGAUUCUGGAGCAGUUACUGGCAUGUCCAAACAAAAGAUACAUUGAAAAUUUAAUUUAAUGAUAAAUUAGCACUUUUUCUAUUAUAAACAGUGGAAUCUCUAGAGAAGAGUAGGUUUUAAGUUAUAAUUAAAAAUGACUACGACUACAUCUGGUCUAUGCCGAGCUAGUCUACAGAACAAAAGUAUAUAUUUUUACUGGCUAGAUCUAAUGAUUUUCAUGUGUCAUACUUUUCCAAUGGUGCAUUAAUAAUUAUGUUAAAAUGUUUUUUAAGAGGAAUAGGAUUUAACCAGUUUGAGCUGACAUUAAAACAGGGUUUAUUUCACAUUUUAUUAGUGGAUUAUUUUAUAGUAAAGUAGUAAAUAUUAAGUAGUGAGGUAUGUAAAGAUGUUCGGUCAUGGUGCCCUUCAAUAUUCAGUAUUUUCAAUUUAUAUCUGUGAUGUUGCCAUGUUUUUUAUUGAUUUACAUUAAAAUUAAAAUGUAGCAUUAUUGACUUAUGUGAAAAAGGCUAUGUAGUUUAGAAAAUUAUGUUUAUGCUAUGA